AUCCUUGUUGAUCAACAAAUCCCCACUCCUGGGUUUACUGGCUUAGUUUAGGCAGCAUGUUGUGUUUGUUAGCCUUGUUUACUUUCUUAUUUGAAUUUGAAUUUUAAACGUUAUAGUUCAAUUCAAAACAUAUUAUAUAUAAUUAUUCAGAUAGGAUAGAUUGGAAAGAGUUAACAAGCUGUUAACUUAGUAAUAAACAAGAUUUUAAGUAGGGUCAUAAUGGCCACCUUGCCUCCCAGAAAAAACCCAACACCUACUAAAAUAUCCAAGCAAAGCUUGAGCCCUUUGCAAAUACUGUUACAAAUGGGCUUCCCUAGACAUAGAGCGGAAAAGGCCCUUGCAGCCACUGGCAAUAGGGGUGUUCAGCUGGCCUCAGACUGGCUACUUGCACAUGUAAAUGAUCCCCUGUUGGAUGACAAUUCGCCUAGAGAAUAUAUUUUGUAUGUGUGCCCCACUGGCCCUUUUUUGGAACAAUUACAAACAUUUUGGAGUCAGUCAUUUAAUUUGUGUGGGUGGAAUGGUGCCCACAACUCUACACCACAUAUUACUUUGGUGUCAUUUUUUAAGGCUCCAGACCAGGAUGCAAGCCACCUGACUAACAGUCUAAAAACUGUAAUGGAGAGACAAGGUGCUGUACUAAAUGAAUCUCUGAAACUUGAAAGUUACACCUCACCUAAUUUUAUGGGAUUUUUUGUAACGGAGGAACACGCAGAUUACCUAAAAAGAAUUGCCAUGCAGUAUGUUAAAGAAGUUUCGAAUGCCAUAAUAAGUGAUACUUAUGAGCAAUUUGAUGCCCUAACUGCCUGUUUUCCAUGGUGUACCACCACCACUGCUAGGUGUAUACCAAGGGGUAGUAGAUCUAUAAGUCUAGAGCCUCACGUAAAAUCUCUUCAUCUAACUCUGGCCUAUCAGUUUGAAAGUUCGAACUAUCAAACUUUAAAGUCUUUGGUAGAUAAACUAAAUCCUGCGAUCUCUAGUAACUGGGAAUUAAGGCUAUAUUCUAGGGAUCCUAGGAUGAAUGGGAAACAAGUGCAUAAAGUUAUUCAUCCUUACACACCUACGGAAUGUGAUGAAUUGGAGUUAAGAACUGGUGAUUAUGUGUAUUUGAGCGGAGAAUCUCUAACUAGUUCGCCAGAUGGUUGGGUUGAAGGUACUUCAUGGUUGACUGGUUUAACAGGAUUCUUACCUGAAAGGUAUAUUAUUUAUACAAAAAGAACCGCAGAGUCCGAAGCUUGGACUUUACACGCAAAUGUACCGAUUAACAGCUUGACACCUGAAUCGGAAAAUCAACUUUCUGGUGAUUUAAGUGCUUCUGACUCAAUCAAUGAACUCUUGAAGGAUGUAUGCUCGCACUCAGUGUUAAAUAAUGCAAAAGUUGACGCGCCUCCUACGCCUUGGUUACCUGAAGUCGACACGUCUGAUAAUCCAAAAGAAAAUGUUUACGAAAAUCUUAUUCAUAUACAGAAACAAGAAUGCAAAGAGGACGAAACCAUUUCAAGAAGUUUGUUUGUAAUGAGGCAUGGAGAGAGAGUAGAUUUUACCUUUGGGAAAUGGGUACCUGUUUGUUUUGAUGAACAAGGGAUUUACAGCCAAAAGGAUUUAAAUCUCCCUAAAAGUUUGCCAGAAAGAAAGGGUGGCGCUACUUCUUAUUUAAAAGACUGUCCUUUGACCAACAUAGGGCUGUUUGACGCCGGACUAGUGGGAGAAGCUUUGAGGGAUAAAAAUAUUAUUAUUGACCAAGUGUAUUGUUCUCCUAGUUACAGAUGUAUUCAAACAUGUGACUCUGUUUUAAAAGCCCUACGAAAGAGAGAUGAACUGGCAAUAAAAAUAGAACCAGGGCUUUUUGAAUGGAUAUCUUGGUACCCUGUAGAUUAUAUUCCAGACUGGAUGACUAAUCAGGAACUGAUCCAAGCUGGUUUUAAUAUAGAUUUAAGUUAUACUCCGUUCGUGACUCAAAAAGAGGUAAAGGAGAGCAAGGAAAGCUGCGAGCAGUAUUAUUGGAGAAGUGCCUUUGUUGCCAGAAGUUGUUUGUCAGCUUCAAAAGGUAACGUCCUAAUAGUGGGACACUCAUCGACGUUGGAUACGUGUUCGAGAGAUCUGCUCGGCAAAAAGUUCAGGCCGGGCAAGGAACUGAUAAAGGUCGUUCAGGAAAUACCAUAUUGUAGCAUAAUAGAGGUCAAUGGUACUGGAAACACUUGGGAAAUGGUAGAUCCGCCCUGUUUACCUCCCACGCAUUCUACUAAUCAGAGGUUUGAUUGGAGAAUUUUGCUUUAAAUUAAUAUGCUUAAUUUCGUAGAAAAGUAGACUGAUCAAGUUUU